AAGUAGAGUCCGAAAUGUCAACAGAUCCACGUCCAUGUCCGACAUGAAACCGUGUUAUUGUAUCGCAGAACCGUGUGUUUCCACUUGAUAAACGGCUGGUUAUGACAAUGGCAGCCGUCGGACGGGAGGUUUUGUUGCUGACCGUCUUCCUGUUGUUAAACCCCUGCGAACCACAGCGAGCCGAGAGAGACAAGUCGCUGGAGCCGCGUGAGAAUGAUGACGACGGGGGAGAGCGAGUGAAACAAGUCCCUGUGGAGAAGCAGCAAAUACAAGUAAAGCACGAUGAAGACGAUGGAGUCGAUUCAAACACUUCGCAGGUGGACGGACAGUCUCUCAGCAAGUCCAAUGACACAGAUAACUACAACAAUGAGACUCUCCUCUCCUCUGCCUCAACCAUUGUCAAGCCUCCGACCACAGCGCCACCGACCCUCAAGCCCAUUCUGCCCUUGCAGACGGGGGUCAAGGCUCAAGAGGAGGAGCAGUCCAACGGGCUGACGAUAUUCUUCAGCCUGUUGGUCAUUGGUAUCUGCAUCGUAUUGGUACACCUGCUUAUCAAGUUCAAGCUCCAUGUCCUCCCAGAGAGUGUGGCCGUGGUGUCUCUCGGGAUACUAAUGGGAGGCUUCAUCAAGCUCAUUGAGUUUCAGGAACUGGCCAACUGGAAGGAGGAGGAAAUGUUCCGGCCCAACAUGUUCUUCCUUCUGCUGCUGCCACCCAUCAUCUUUGAGUCUGGAUAUUCUUUACAUAAGGGGAACUUCUUCCAGAACAUUGGUUCCAUUACGCUCUUCGCUGUGAUUGGCACAGCCAUCUCAGCCUUCAUCGUUGGAGGAGGCAUCUAUUUCCUUGGCCAGGCAGAUGUGAUCUAUAAGAUGUCCAUGACCGACAGCUUUGCCUUCGGCUCACUGAUCUCGGCUGUGGACCCUGUAGCAACCAUUGCCAUUUUCAACGCCCUCAACGUGGACCCGGUCCUCAACAUGCUGGUGUUCGGUGAAAGCAUCCUCAAUGAUGCUGUCGCCAUCGUCCUGACCAACACCGCUGAGGGUUUCUUCUCCCGUUCAGACACCAACUCCACGGUGACAGGCUGGGAGAUCUUCCUGCAGGCACUGAGUUACUUUCUGAAAAUGUUUUUUGGGUCCGCUGCUCUGGGAACCCUCACUGGACUCAUCUCGGCUGUUUUUCUGAAACACUUUGACCUGAGGAAGACUCCUUCCCUGGAGUUUGGUAUGAUGAUCAUAUUUGCAUACCUACCGUACGGGCUGGCAGAGGGCAUCCAGCUGUCUGGGAUCAUGUCUAUCCUGUUUGCUGGGAUCGUGAUGUCUCAUUACACCCAUCACAACCUGUCUCCCAUCACUCAGAUCCUCAUGCAGCAGACGCUGCGCACAGUCGCCUUCAUGUGUGAAACAUGUGUGUUUGCCUUCCUCGGCCUCUCCAUCUUUAGUUUCCCACAUAAUUUUGAAUUCUCCUUUGUCAUCUGGUGCAUAGUCCUCAUUCUUCUGGGUCGAGCAGUGAACAUCUUCCCUCUCUCCUUCCUGCUGAACUUUUUCAGAGACCAUAAGAUCAACCCCAAAAUGAUGUUCAUCAUGUGGUUCAGUGGUUUGAGAGGAGCCAUCCCCUAUGCUCUGAGCCUUCACCUGGGCCUGGAGCCCAUCGAGAAGCGGCAGCUGAUCGGCACCACCACCAUCAUCAUCGUCCUCUUCACCAUCCUCUUCCUGGGGGGCGGGACCAUGCCUCUCAUCCGCCUUAUGGACAUAGAGGAGAGCCAGACUCGAAGAAAGAGCAAGAAGGACAUCAAUCUCAGCAAGACACAGAAAAUGGGUAAUACCAUCGAGGCUGAGCAUCUAUCAGAACUGACCGAGGAGGAAUACGAGGCUCAGAUCUUCCAGAGACAAGAUCUGAAGGGCUUCAUGUGGCUCGAUGCUAAGUACCUGAACCCCUUCUUCACUCGAAGGCUAACACAGGAGGACCUGCUGCACGGCCGGAUCCAGAUGAAAACCCUGACCAACAAGUGGUAUGAAGAAGUUCGCCAGGGACCGUCAGGCUCUGAGGAUGAUGAAGACGAGGCAGAAAUCCUGUGAGGUCAACACAGACUCUCUGUGUGUGUGUGUGCGCGGGUAUUACUUAUGUUGUGGGGACCUAAAACUGUUUACACAGUCACAUUAUGAGGACUUGUCUUCCUUGUGGGGACAAAAAUCAAGUCCCCACAAUGUAAAUGACUACAUUUUAAGAUGAAGAAAUGUUUUAAGGUUAGGUUGAAGUGUGCGUGUGUGUGCGUGUGCGUGCGUGUGCGAAUGUGUGUAUGCGUGUAUGCGUGUGUGUGUGUGUGUGUGUGUGUGUGUCUGUGUGCGCGUGUGUGUGUGUGCACGUGUGUUCGUCCAUCUGCUGAACAGGAACUUUAUGAGGAGUUUGUUGAGUAAAGAUUUAGUUCUUAAGGGAACUCAGUAGAGGAAAGUAGUGAAGUGUGAAGCAAUACUCGAGCACCUUAUCACUCUUGUCAUGUGUUGCUUUGUUGCACUAGUUUAUUUGAGUUGUGUUGGAACAUUCACAGUUUGGUGGAGUUUGACUUUUUAAAGGGAUAAUUCAGGUGUCUGUGUCAGAGGUGACUGUGUGCCCUCUGCUCCAAGAACCACCACCUUCAUGACUCUGAGAACAUCGAGACUCUGGCGGCCUCUGUUGGUCAUGUUGGCAAGUGCAAGUGUGGAACACACACACACACAAACAAACAGACAGACAGACACACAGAGCCACCAACAACAAUACUUCACAGUGAGAAACAGGUUUUAGUGACUUAAAGGUACAGUGGUAAAGUCUCAUGUGACAGCUGAAUAUCUCUCACCUGACUCAGAACCUCUGUAGCCUUCAGUUACUUAUGUCUAGUUUGUCCCUUAUGGGCUGUUGUAGAAACAUGCAGGUCCCAAAAACAUUUCAUUGGCCAAAUGAAACAAAGUUCACCUGUUUGUGUUACACACUGCACCAUGAACUGAUUACAUACUUUACAAUAUGUUGUAUCGUGUUCUCUCUCACUUGACUUUUUCAGCAUUUUCCCACUGAUGUGUAAGCGCUCACUCUCCCACACCAAAGUCCAGUGAUAAAUGCUGUGUUUUCAGCUCACAGGGACACAGGAGCUGAUGGUCUCCUGCUGCCUCGUGUGGUGACUUUGUGUCACUUCAGUAAAUCUGAGAGAACAAUUACAAACACAAUAAUGUAGUGAUGGAGGCAGCGGUGAAUCAACAGCUCCUGUGUGUGUGUGAGUGGUUUACACGGUGAUCCAGACCACAGCCUUUUGAGAAGAACAUGAACAGGAAUGUUUCACAGAGAGGAGUCGCACAGAGCCUCACACACACACACACACACACACACACACACACACACUGAUAUCUGCAUGUGGAAUGUUUCAUCACAUACACAACAUAAUGUAUGUAAUGGAGAGUAAAUACAACCCUCCAGCAACUGGUGAACAAAGAGAAACUGUCAAAGUGAGUGAAACAAACUAACGUCACUCUUUAUUAUUAAUGAUGAAUUAUCACACACUUUGUUUUGUAGUUAAUUUGUAGUUUUUUGGUCACGACACUGUCACUUUGUGGUUUUCACUGUGGAUUUCUAAUGAAGUUCCACACCAAUGAAUGUGUGGGUAUAACAGGGAAUGUGGUCUGGUGAAUGUUAAUAUAUAUAUUUUUUCUAUUUAUUCCUAAACUGUGCUGUUUUGUUGGAUAAAUGCUUUUUAUUACAGGCUCCAUGAGCUUGAGGAGAAAAAUAUCUAUAAUAAAUCACAUUGACAUCA